GUUGCUUUCUCUUCCUCUAGUUCUCUUGCUGAUUUCAAACAUUUACUCUCAUACUGCAGCUAUAAAACCAACUCUGACUGUGCAGCCACAGACGUCCGUGUUUAAUGGAGACACAGUUACACUGAGCUGUGAGGUCCACUGUCUGUCCCCUGUAUCGGAGUUUGUCUUUACCACACCUUUAAAUCAUGAAUCCACUGAAUCUACAGGAACUAAAACAAUCAAAUCUGUGCAAGUCUCUGAUGGAGGACAGUACUUGUGCCGAGCCAGAAUUGAAAAGUCACCAUAUGGUAACAUGUAUUACACAAAACCCAGUAAACCAGUAACAGUGACAGUACAAGGUGGAGACAUUAGCUGGCAGUACAGCUGGUAUAAAGAUGAUUCAGAUAUCCAGCAGAAUAAACUUCAGUAUUACACAAUCAGAUCUGUUAGUGAGUCUGACGCAGGUAAUUACACCUGUAGAGGAACAGAGAUCAGUGGAUCACGAAACUCACACAUCAGUAAUGCAGUUACACUGACAGUAUCAGAUAUUCCCCGACCAACUCUGACUGUGCUGCCACAGAUGUCUGUGUUCAGUGGAGACAGAGUUACUCUGACCUGUGAGGUUCAUCAGUCCACUGGAUGGGAGUUUAUCUUCAUAAACCCUUUAAACACUGAAACCACUAAAACUACAGGAACUAAAACAAUCAGAUCUGUGCAAGUCUUUGAUGGAGGAGAGUACAAUUGCAGAGCCAGAAGAAAAGAAAACAAACAGGUUUACACAGAAGACAGCGAACCAAUAACAGUGACAGUAGAGAAUAGACCAACACCUCAAGUGUCUGUUUGGCCUGAUGAUCAUGUAUACAGAGGAGAAACUGUCAAUCUCACAUGUGUCAUCAAUGGAGGAGGAUGCAGCAGCUGGCAGUACAACUGGUAUAAAGAUUCAAUCAUCCAGCAGAAUAAACUUCAGCAUUACACAAUCAGAUCUGUUACUGAGUCUGACGCAGGUAAAUACACCUGUAGAGGAACAGAGAUCAGUGGAUCACGAUACUCACACAUCAGUAAUGCAGUUACACUGACAGUAUCAGGAUCAAAACCUGAACUCACAUCAGAUACUGAAGGAUCUGUACUGACAGGUAACACAGUGACUCUGAAGUGUCACAUUGAUCAUUGGUCUACUGGAUGGAAGUUUUACUGGUACAAAAACACACAAAACACUGAGGAGACGACAACAGAAACAAACUCUUACACAAUCCACAGUGUUAAAGUUUCAGAUGGAGGUCAGUACUGGUGUAGAGCUGGAAGAGGAAAACCAGACAAUUACACAGACUACAGUGAUGAACUGUGGAUAAAUGUUAAAGAAAGUCCAAAACCUGUAGUGAGUGUUAAGCCUGACAAACAGCUGUUCAGCGGAGAAACUGUUACUCUGAGAUGUGACAUACAGGAUACAGGAGACACUGAGUGGACAUACAGCUGGACUGUAGAGCCAUAUUGCUGGUAUAGACGGUUCUACUGUGACACACAAGAGUGUAAAAUCAACAACACUCAAUACUAUCACAGUGGUAAAUACACCUGUAGAGGAAAGAUACGUGAACAAAACACUGAGAUGAGUGAUGCUGUUACACUGACUGUAUCAUCAGGUGUUCCUCCUUCAGUCUCUCUGAUCAUCAAACCCAGCAGAUCUCAACACUUCAUAAACAAAUCUCUCUCUCUGAGCUGUGAGGAUCACAGUAACUCUGCUGGAUGGACAGUGAGAAGAUACACAGACGAACUGGAAUCUUGUUCAUCAUCGGCCAAUCAAUCGGACCCAGAAUCUACAUGUUUAAUCAGUUCUCUCAACACAUCUGAUACUGGAGUGUACUGGUGUCAGUCUGAAUCUGGAGUGAAACUUCAUCCUGUUAAUAUCUCAGUAUACGAUGUUGAUGUGAUUCUGGAGAGUCCUGUUCAUCCUGUGACUGAAGGAGAUCCUCUGACUUUACGCUGCUUAUAUCGAAAUAAAAAACCCUCUAACCUGAGAGCUGAAUUUUAUAAAUAUGGAUCAGUGGUGCAGAAUCAGACAACAGGAAACAUGAUGAUCAUCCCUACAGUCUCAAAGUCACAUGAGGGUUUCUACUACUGUAAAUACCCAGAGAGAGGAGAGUCUCCAAAGAGCUGGAUCUCAGUCAGAGCCAGAGUUUCAGAAGCUUCUCAGGUGAAGAUGUCUGGUCUCAAGAUGUUGUCUUUUCUCCUGGCAGUUUGUCCAUAUCUGUUAGCGACAGCCGUGCUGGUUUUUAAAUGCUGUAGACUGAGAGUUCGCUCAUCUGUUGAAGAUCAGUUGCAGAAUGCUGUAAGAGAAGAUGAAUCUGAUAUGAAUGUGUUGUGAGUGCAGUGAAGCAUCAGUCUGUGAUCUCUCAAUAACACAUUCACAAACUGAAUAACUGCAGUCCAUAACAAUGAGUGACAAUCACAAAUGAAUUCUGGAGUGAAAUUCUUUAUUACUGAUAUGAGUGUGAAUGUGAUACAGGAGUUUUGAGCAAUUUGUUUCAUAGGUUUG